AUGCGUCCUAUCGCUACUUUGACUGCCCUUCUCAUGGCCGGGGCCGCGACUGCUAGCCCCGUCAAGCGUGCUCCUCUGAUCACUCGCCAAGAAGGGGAGACACUUGAUGGAAAGUACAUUGUCAUGAUGAAGAAGGUAGCAUCAAUCAACGCCGCCAAGGUCCUUAAGACAGCUGUUGACUCCGUCGCUGCCGACCCCGAUAUCAUCUACAAGAAGGUGGGCGGUUUCGCAGCUUCGCUGACUAAGAAGGAGAUUGAGGAGCUCCGAAAUAAUCCCAACGUUGCGUAUAUUGAGCAGGACUCCCGGGCCAAGAUCUUUGCUACUCAGAGUAACGCGCCUUGGGGUCUGGCCCGUCUCUCUAACAAAUCGCCCGGCCCCAAGACCUACACCUUCGACGACUCUGCUGGUGAGGGUGUUUGCGCCUAUGUAGUUGACACUGGCAUUGAAGCUUCGCACCCCGAGUUCGAGGGCCGUGCCAAGUUCGUUGCCACCUACGUCGAGGGCAUCAACACCGACGACCAUGGCCACGGAACUCACUGCGCCGGUACCAUCGGCUCCAAAACUUACGGAGUUGCCAAGAAGUCUAACUUGUAUGGUAUUAAGGUCUUUGACAAAUAUGGUUAUGGUACCGACUCUCUUGUGAUCGCCGGGAUGGACAGAGUCCUUCAAGACGCCCCCAGCCGGGACUGCCCCAACGGUGUGGUUAUCAACAUGUCUUUCGGCGGCACCAAGUCCACAGCCGUCAACUCGGCUGCCAAAUCCCUCGUCGACGCUGGCUACUUUGCCGGUGUCGCCGCAGGCAACGGUGACUGGUUUGGCAACCCCGAGGAUGCCGCUGGUUCUUCACCUGCCUCUGAGCCUUCAGUCUGCACCAUUGGUGCCAGCGAAAUCAACGAUAAGGUCGCUGACUUCUCUAACUACGGUUCUCUGAUCGAUCUCUACGCCCCUGGUUUUGAUGUCCUGAGCACCUGGAUUGGCGGAAGUAACAAUACCAUUUCUGGUACCUCUAUGGCUACUCCUCACGUGGUUGGCCUUGGUGCCUACUUUCUCGGUCUCGGAAAAGCUGCUACUGGUCUUUGCGAGUAUCUCCAGGGAAUUGCUCUCAAGGACGUCAUUGAUGGUGUCCCUAGCGGCACCAAGAACCUCCUUGUUCAGAAUGACAAGUCUGCUUGA